CUAUCUAGUCUUCCAUAUCGAGUAGUCAGGAUGGAUCUCCUUCCAAGUGCUCUUACUGCCGACUCACAAUUACUUGCCAUUUUCACUAUUCCAAAACAACACCUUAUUGUUGCGGUAAUCGUGAACCGCUCCCCGGUGAGCAUUGGAUUUCAUCAAUGA